AUGCUUACUUCAUGCAAACACUGCAGUGGCCGCGGGACAGAGCCGUUACCGCCCAAUGCGCAGGAUUUACACGCACUGCAGAACCAGCCGUGCAGAACCCACGAUGGAAAUACAUGUAAUGCAUGUAGAGCGAUGAUCUCACUGGAGGCUAAAAUUCUCGAUGCGCAAGCAGCACUUUUGCAGCUGCUCAACCUCCAUCGCGACCUCCGCGAAGAAAUGAACCAAGCACACAGCCUUAUAAACCAACGCUUGGCUCCCGAGUUACUGUCUUCAAUCUUCCAGUGCUGUAUUGAUGACAAUAUAGAGGAUGGGAUGUCAUCUUCGGGCGUCAAAAUUGAUAUACGCGCGCCUUAUACUUUGGCAGCUGUUUGCAAGGCUUGGCGUAGCAUUGCUUUGUCGACUCCAAACCUUUGGAAUAAGGUGUUUAUUACAAUCGACCAGAACAAUGAUGUCCCACUACAGGCACAACUGCUAAGGGAGUGGCUUAGUCGCUCAGGCGACCUUCCUCUUAAAAUAUGCACAAAAUACAACAGGAACGCUCUCUAUCCCGGGCCCCAUGAUGAGAAUGACGCGUUCGCGGAAACUCCGAUCCUAGACAUCAUCAACCAAUAUUCUUCGCGAUGGCAGGAUUUAUAUUUCACUGUUUCCGCUGCGUUUCUCAAGAGGUUGCGAGCACCCAACGGCACACCGCUCCUUCGCACGGUUUCCCUAUAUCCCCAACAGUGGUUCCGAGAUUGCAAAUGGCAGCUGAACCAUGCAACACCGCAAAAUCUAUACCUAAACCUUUCGAAAAUAUCUCAUGAACUAGAGAACACCACAGACAAUAUGUUCAACGUCGACUGGAGCGCCGUCACACGGCUAGUGUCAACCGACUUCCCUAGGGUACUCCAACACGGAAUACGGCAAGCUUCGAACUUGCAAUACCUCGAAAUCAUAAUCCCGAGCCAAACGACGCCAGCCGGCGACGAAGUGUUGCAAGGAAUUUCUAUCACUAAUUCGAACGUUAAGGAAUUCACAUAUCAGUGUCGUGGGGAGCCGAAGCUCAUGUCAUUCGACUUACCUGCAGCCCAAAUGUGGCAUAUGAAAUUAAACAUGCUAACCACCCAAGCGGGAAUCGAUAGCUUCAAAGCUUCAUUAGAGCGCUCGCCUUGUUUGACACAUCUAACCAUAUAUAUUAUGGCGUUAAAGGAUAAACUUAUCCACAUUCUACACAGUGUACCAUCUUUACAGUCCCUAACCAUCGAGGGAACAUUCCUAUCGUUUGGGCAGGAGGAUGGACUUUUCGCGCAUCUGUGCAAAACUGCCACCACGAACCCAGCUCAUUUUCUUCCAAAUUUACGGAUGAUUUCAUGCCACGCUCGUGCAAGAAACACCUCAUGGACCAACUUACCACUCGUAUUUGGUCCUCUUGGAGAACUCACUAACCCUGCACGACGCCCUCUGACAUCUUUCGUCGUUCUUGUUUUUGGUAGCUAUCAGGAUCCUGAAGGUCCCAUACCAGCGUCAUGCAUUGACCCGACCUUAAUACCUCAGCUUAAAUCCCUUAAAGACGCCAAAUUAAACCUCGAAGUUCGUCACCGGCGGUCAAACAGGAACCUGCUACCAUGGCCGCUCAAUGAACAGUAA